AAACUCUCCUUGCACUUCGACCUGCUCGACCACCUUGCCCAUCAUGGGUGUUCUCCUUUCUUUACCACUGGCUGGCGUGUUUGGCACAGUGGCCUCCUCAUGUCUCGCUGGUCUCGCCUUCUGCUUCACUUCGACUGCAGCCUCGAUGUUCUGCAAGUCAUGCAACUGCAACUCCUCCAUUGCGACUCGUGUCGGCUUCGCCAUGAUCUUCUGCUUGAACUCGAUGCUAGCAUGGCUCAUGAAGUCGCCGCUAAUCAUUGACCAAAUCGAGAAGAUGAGCCAUGGCUACCUGAAGAUGGACUGUGAAGGCGACAAGUGUUAUGGGGUCCUUGCAGUUCAUCGUAUCUGCUUCGCACUAGCGCUGUUCCACCUCUUCCUCAGUGCAUCCCUCAUUGGUGUGAAAGACACCAAGGACAAGCGCGCCGCCAUUCAGAACGGAUGGUGGGGUCCCAAAGCCCUCUUCUGGCUUGUUCUGGUCGUCGUGUCCUUCUUCAUCCCUAACGGCUUCUUCAUGUUCUGGGGCAACUACGUCUCAAUGAUCGGUGCUACUAUCUUCAUCCUCCUCGGUCUCGUCCUCCUCGUUGACUUCGCGCACUCCUGGUCCGAAACCUGCCUCGAGAACUGGGAACAGUCCAACUCGAACCUCUGGCAAUGGAUCCUCAUCGGCUCCACAGCGGGCAUGUACGUCGCCACGAUCGCGCUCACCGGCGUGCUCUACGCGUUCUUCGCCUCGUCCGGGUGCACACUCAACCGCUUCUUCAUCUCGUUCAACCUCGCGCUCUGCGUGCUCGUGACGAUCAUGUGCGUGCACCCGACGGUGCAGGAGUACAACCCGCGCUCGGGGCUCGCGCAGUCGAGCAUGGUCGCCGUCUACUGCACGUACCUCAUCAUGUCUGCGAUCGGGAACCACGCGCACGAGACGUGCAACCCGCUGCGCCGCGGCUCCGGCACGCAGUACACCACUCUGUUCCUCGGCGCUGCGUUCACGUUCCUCGCAAUCGCGUACUCGACUAGUCGGGCGGCGACGCAGAGCCGGGCGCUCGUGGGCAAGGAUAGGAAGGGUCUCAUUCAGCUUCCUACGGAGGGCGAGCAUCAUGCGGAGCUUGGAGUUGUCAGCACGCAACCUGGGAGGACUGAGACUCCGCGGUACCAGGCUCUCCUCGCGGCCGUUGAAGCUGGUGCUAUUCCCGCCUCAGCUCUAGACGAGGAGAUGGAGGAUGACGACGAGGAUGAAGUCACUGGCGACUCCCGAGACGACGAGCGCUCUGGAACUCGCUACAACUACGCCUGGUUCCACGUCAUUUUCGCGAUUGGCGCCAUGUACGUCGCGAUGCUGCUCACCGACUGGAACGUGGUCAAGCCUGACUCGAACCCAAACCACGAGCAGGACGUGUACAUCGGGCGGUCCGAGGUCGCGAUGUGGAUGCGUGUCGUGUCGAGCUGGAUCUGCAUGAUUCUGUACAUGUGGAGCCUGCUCGCACCGGUGCUCAUGCCCGACAGGUUCAGCGAGUACUACUGAGGCCUCGUGCGGCUGUCAGGGGGCUAUCUAUAGCAUAUAGUAUUGUACGAUCGGUAGUGGUCUUUGAAUUCAUGGACAAUGUUUG